AUGCUGUGCGCCCUCACAUUCGCUUUCGGCCUUUGGUCAACAGCAUCACCAACUACUCUCUACUUUGCUAUACAGUCUACUGGAAGUGCCACGAUAAAGGCGCUGUUCCCCGCGGAUGUACUGACAGUUCGUUUGGGCAUUGGUCUCUCCGCUCUAGCAACCUUCAUGUUCUUCGUGGCAGUCAUGGGAUUCUGGGGUGCAAUCACCAGGUCCCAAUUCCUAUUGUUCAUGAAAGGGUUACAGGAGCAAGAUGGACAAUGGACCCAUGCUGUCCGUCUAGUAUUCGGCUGCUGUGAUCACAAUACGUAA